AGAGUUCGUUCUCUUCCCCAACUCGACUUUUUUUCUCUUCCAUUUCUCUGAAAAAUCUCUCUCGAAGCUUCGGAGGAAAAAUGCUUGGAGUUUUUUCGAAACAGUUGGCGCCAUUCCCAGAGCUUGACAAGUCGCUGAAUCUGCACACGUCUGAGUCCGUUUCCGCCAUGGAAAAUUGUCUGGCUAAAUACUACACUAACGAGUACGCGAAUUCGUUUAUGGUUGAUAUUCAGCCAUGGUGUAUGCUUGCAAUUACAGUGGCUCAGACAAAUUCUAUCAUCGCGAAUCGUUUCCAAGCAAAAGACGAUAUGUUCUGUAUAUUGAGCGGUAGCAUUGAGAAUAUAGACUAUUUGGCUUCAAAAUUCCACUUCAAUAAGGACAUUGAUCAGCCUACCAUGUUCAUCGAGGCUUAUAAAUCACAAAGGCGCAUUAACGAUGGCCCAGAAACAAAGCUUCAGAAGGACCAACGAGAAUUUUACUGGUUGAACUUAGUAAGAGCUGCCAAGGGGAAGUUUACUAUCAUUCUCUUCGAUAACCUGAAGAAGACGGUCUUUGCUGCUACAGAUCGUGAUGCACAUCUUCCUUUCUAUUGGGGCAUUGAUGUGCAAGGCGACUUGAUUCUUACCACGAAUUCUGAUAUGGCUCAGGUGGGGUGUCAAAGAGCUUACGGUAGUUUCCCAAGAGGUUGCUACAUAUCCACAGCAGAUGGACUGAAGACUUUCGACGAUCAAAACACGGAGCUAGAGGUAGAAGAAGAUGUUGAUAGUGUGGGGGUUUCUUACCUGAAGAUUGUUAUGGUUGUGGGGAGUCCCUCCAGCGGGAGUGGACAGGGCUCCACGGAGUCGGUGAACUCAUCUCUUCGUUCUCUUACUCAUUGAUUCGUGUUUUCAUCUCUUAGACUCUUACUACUCUUGCUAUUCAUCUCUUAUAGCUAUUCAUUGUUACUUUGUCUAGUACUUGUCUUUCAUCUCUUCCUACUCUUACUCAUUGAUUCGUGUUUUCUUAGUACUCUUAUUGAUGAGUGUUUUCUUUCUACUCUUACUCUUUAUUUGUGUUCGUUAGUAUAACCAGUUAAGUACAGAGUAGUUUCCUAGACGACCAAAGAUUCUCUUGGGUCCUACUAAUCCCCAAAUCACUGAUGCAUGCGUUAAAGGAAACUCUGUUACUUGGACAUGUCCAUGGACUGUUUGCAGGUAGUCUUUCUGACAGAUGUUUCCUAAGCAAGUACCAUGUCACUGGUAUGUUCACUGCUCCUAUCCUAUGAACUAGACUAAGAACAUCGAUCUUGGCAGUAUCAUCAUGUAAUGGCCUAGCUUGAAGUCGUUAAGGAAUGAAAUUGCUUGUGACAU